AUGGGCCAGCUUUUCGAUUCGCAGAUGGCCAACGUUGCCGAUUUUGACUGCUUCAGUCAGGUGCUGUUCAGGAACCUGGAGGACUACAAGAGGAUGAAAGAAGACCCUUGGUACAAGGAACAUUUGGUGGGCGACCAUGAGAAGUUCGCAGACACGAAGAGAAGCAUGAUGACCAUUGGAUGGAUCGAGCAGUUUAUAGACAACGGAACAGUAGUCAAUGGAAUUCAAGGAUGA